AUAUCUGCUCGAGUCGAGGGAAUAUACGCCGGCGCCUAACACAUUCUCGAUUAUCAUGACACCGACCAUCGACACCGAAAUAUGGCUCCCUUCAUCGCCUUCACGACAACGGAAGACCCGCAAGCAACGACAACAGAAGCCACCACUCUUUUCUCGAGUUCAAUUCGUUCAAGAUAAAUUAGAUCUCACCUGGUUCAACAGUUGCAUUCGCAUCUUAGAAAAAUAUUUCGAAAGUCGAAUACUAGAAAUAUCAGAAGAGAAUUCAGGGCAGAAGAAGAAUGCGAGGCAGAAGAAAGAAUACAACGUGACAUGCCUAGGACUAGGAAGUCCCGAAACAUCCGAUAAUGCUCGCGCUCAGCUGGCAUUCCUUCUUAAGGUUUGCGAUACUCUCAAAAUUGAUUGCGCCAAGAUAUCCAUCUAUGAUCCCGUUUUCACCGACGAAGAUAAGUCCUUACUUCGACAAUUUGGGAUGUGCGUUUUGGAUUGCGGUUCGGAUGCAAAGGACACGCAUAUCUGCAAUAUUAUUACUGACGAAGAACCGACAAUUUUAUUCAUGCCCCAUUGCGAUCUAGCUUUAUAUGAGAGCGUGUUGUCUGCUAAUUGGUCUUUGAUUCGCCUCAAAAAUAGUCUCUUCAUAUGUAAUCAUUUCGAUGAUUAUAUACAAAAUAAUUCCGUCCGUUCAUUGAAGGAUAAAGCACCGCAUCUACUGACUAUUGCCCCGAAUAUAACAUCUCAUCCGUUACCAACAUCGCCUGACUGGCCUUCCGCCUUUAACAAUACUUCUGUCCAGUUUUUGUCCAAGCACAAGUUUGAUGCUCUGGCCACGGCGACAGAGGAAAAGAAAUGCGAGGAAGAGCAGGAGUAGGUUUUGGACUGGCUUGUGUAUGAAUACCACGAAUGCAUUUGAGUGUCCAAGGACACUACAAAGGUCUCCUUUUUCCAAAAUCGGCGACGCUCUGGUUC